AUGACGCUUAUCUCCGGCUGUACAACCGGUUCGCUGGGGCGGCGGUGGCAGUCACUGCUGCCGCUGCUGAUGGUGACUGUCGUGUGGCUGGACACCGCGGCUGCCAGCGAGUUUCCUGAGCGCGAGUGCUGCGACUCCAUACCUCCACUGCCGGCCCAGUUCACCACACCGCCGGUGUCUGUGGCCACCGAAAAACCCAAGACGAGCAGCACUUCAACAACGACGACAGCCAAACCAACAGUGAUCAGCAUCCGAACGGCGUCGACGACCAUCAACUGCAAGCUGGCGAGAGAGUUGUGUGAGAAGGACCGCGUCUGCCAUUCCAUCACGGCCAUUAUCCCGCGACUCUGCGGACAGGAGCUAGUGUCGUGCUCGACGGUGACGGUGACUAAGUGUCGGGCGGCUCUGAGGACACUGGUGGCAUUCCAGUUCUUCCAGCCCACGUGUCUGUGCAAGGAGCAGCGCGUCGACCCCGAGUGUAACACCUACCGCAACCUGGUGUUCGACCACCCCUGCUUCGGAAUGCGCAGUCAGGAUAACGACCCGUACCCGGUGCACGCCCUGCCGACCUGCGACUACGCCCUGGACGCCUGUCGAAACCAGGAGCAGUGCGUGCCCCUGUAUGACAACUACCUGAAGGCGUGUCCGUUUGAGCUGGACGAGUGCCACAUGACGAACAGCUCUGCAUGUCUGGACGCCUGGAACCAGCUGAAAAUGAGCCCCGUUUUCGGAUGUAUGUGCACAAACGUUCAGGAAGAAAGUUGUGAGAAUAUCUAUGAGAAGGUACACAAAAAUCCCUGCAUUGUGAGCGGUCUGGGAGGGGACGAGGUCACCCGACCACUAGCUGAACAUCACCUCGUGGCUCCGCUGUACGAGGUGACCUCACAGCGACCCCGGUCAUCCGACAUCGUAAGGACCCUCUAUGGGCCCGAUGAAGACGAGGAGCCAGAGAAUCCCUUCGCCCCACCAAAGCUGCCGGAGACAACCAAAGUUGAUCUGGUGACUGUCAGUUCGGUCGACCUGGAGUCGGCCGAGCCCGUGCUGCAGUCGUCCUGUCACACGGCGCUGGCCAACUGCCGCCGGGACCGCCGCUGCCGCCUCCUGCUGGAGCCCAUGUUGAACAGCUGCGUGGCCGACUCGUGCCACCGCCAGCAGUGUAUGAAGCACAUGCAGGAGUUCUACGACCAGUCAGACAGCGUGCUCGUCAUGGACGCCGCACUCUGCGUCUGCCGCCGGAGGGACGCGGGCGAGUCGGGCUGCGUGGCGGCCAUGCAGCGGCUGCACCCGGCGUGCGCCAGCCAGCCGGAGGGCGGCCGGCUGCCGUCGUGUCUGCGGGUGGCGCGCCACUGCCGCCGCCAGUGGGACGGCCGCUGCCGGCCGCGGCUCGAGCGCUACGAGCAGGCGUGCGCCGUGGACGUGGUGACGGCCCGCUGCGCCGGCCCCAGCGAGCACUGCCGGAGCGCGCUGCUGGCCGUGCUCGGUACCGAGCUGCACAGCCACUGCGGCUGCCACGACGCGCCGGCGGCCGGCUCCACGCCCGGCCAGCACAGCUGCCACGACUGGGAGCGCCUCCUCUGGGCUAAUCCCUGUGUCGUGGAGGCGCAGCGAGAGUUCCACCGUCAGCGCUCUGUCCUUCUGGAGCCCAUACUCAAGGAGUACGGAGAGACGGUCAGCCCAGGCGGCUCACCGGCCGAGUCGCCGUCGCAGAACCCCGCUCGUCGAGUGUCAGACGUCACCAUCAUCACAACCACCACCACCACAACCACUACCACACCGGCCACCGCAGCAACCACCACUACCACCACCACUGCUGCAACCACGUCAACCACCAGUGCUACCACCACCAGUACCACGACGGCGCCGCGCUGGCCGGGGGUGGUGAGGGGCGCCGCGCCGCCGCCGGUCCGUCCACCUCGCCCCACGAGUGCCGCACAGCCGCCGCUGCCGGCGCACUGCGUCUCCCGCCGGGAGGGCAGGCCACUGGAGAGGAUACCGGUCGGCUCCGGAAUCAGGUAUAACCGUCUGGAAGACGACCCGGACGACCCGUACCGGGACGAGGAGGACUGCUCGGAGCUGUGCAUGUGCCACGGCCGCGGCCGGCUCGUCUGUAACGUGCUCGACUGUCUGGAGAAGCGCGAGUGUCAGUCGUCACUGGCGCUGUACCACCACGGCACGGCCGGCCUGGUGCCCUACCGAGAGGGAUGCGUCUGCCACCAUGGGGACUUUAUCUGCAUGAGACCGCCCGCAGAUGAGUACACUCUGCCUUUCGGAGUGUUCCUCUUUUUGGGCUACAGCAGAAAAGAGGAGGAGAUUCUGCACCCGUACACGCAUAAAACGGUCAAAGACCACACCAUCACAGAACUGAAGAUGCUCCUUUUGAACACCAUGCGAGAGAUGGGCAGAGACUUCCAGGAGUGGCCGUGUAAGCUGUCCAUUCACCAGCGCUUCGAGUCGACAGAGAACCUCAUAGUUCAGGCGAAACUGGAGGAGGUCGAGAAAAUGUAUAAUCAGAGUCUCAGCCAUGACCUCUUGAAGAGGGAAAAGGACAAGUGCACCGGUCCCCUGAGGGACAUCAGUUACAUGAUCAACAAUCGCGAGCGUUCCAUUGUGUCGCAUCCUCUUCUUUCCGUCUUCAAGAUGGCCGACGUGGAUGUCACCACGCCCGACACGUCAGCAGCGGGGCCGUCGCCUCAGUCAGCUACUGUCCUGCUGCUAUUGGCCACACUGCUGGCUAUGGGACCCCCAGCGUGACAUCAUCAAGGCAGAGAGUGGCCGACGGCCGGACCUGUUGUGGCUCAACCUUGGUGCCGAGCUGGAUGGUUAUGCGAGUGAAUGAAGUCUAGUGUAGCUACAAUCGCCGAUCGAGAAACAGUAAAUCGGCUGCAUAACGGGCUUCUCGGCAUUCCUGGGAAAUGCAGUAGCAUAGUGUUUUGAUUAUAGGUACAAUACCAGGAAGUGGCAGAGCCCUGAAGAUUUUUGUGACAAUAUUGGUCGCUUCUAUUUUGAGGCUGAUGGCCACAGCUGGCUGUGAAUUGUUUAGAUACAGAACUCGAUGCUGAGCAGCCAGUGUUACCGUAAGCACUGACCGUGAAGCAGCGACUCGCGGGGGUCGGGGAUCUGGCAGCACUGCGCAAAGCCGGGAGGGCCAGAUCUGGCAGCACCCCUGCGAAGCUGGACUGCAGUGGCAGCGAUAAGCAAUACAAGUGCGAGGCGUCCCGACUAGGCAGCCGGCGACGUUGUAAAGUGGCGUGCGGUCGAACGAUGUGUGGCUAUCAGUGGAGAAUCAGAUAGUUUGGAGUGUGUGAUGUGAGACGUUGUAUAGGCGUUUAAGGGGUGUGAUGUGUCAUCAGCUGCACAUUGUGUGGUGUUGAGAGCUAGGCCCGUCUGCUCCUGUCUGAGGUUCCUGGGGUCGAAGGAAGAAGAGCUAUACCGAAUGAUCCUGCUUCGCUGGUUGCAUCAUUCCGUUUUAUCGUUCAAUUAUUUGCUGCAGACACUCAUGGCCCUCGGUGACCUGCUGGCCUUUUCAACAUAUAUCUUCGUAAGGUCAUAUUUUGACCCUCUUUACACCCAGGUAGCCAUGUUGCACUUUUCUUGCACCCAGGCAACCGUGCUAUGUCCUUCUCUUAACCCAGAUUCCCUUGUUAUACUCCUCUCUACUGUCUACCGUCUACACUGAGACAGCCAUGCCACCACCUUCUCCACACAUCCGGAUGCCCGAACACACACUAUGUCCUCUGCAACACUCUGAACAGCUCGUCUGCGAGAGUGAGAAGCGCCAUUCGAUGUGUUUUGAGCUGACGAGUGUUGUUAAUGCUUAAAGCGUGUCAGUUCCGUGGACUGUUGUGCAUCAGCGUCAGGCUUGUUAAGUGUUAUGAUUACUUAGCAGCAUGUGUUACAUGUCUAUGUAAGGUACGCUCUCGCAGCUUAGAUCUGACUUGAGUUUUAUGGGCGAAAUACUGUCUAUAUCCCGCGACUGCUGUUAUAGCUGGCAGGUUAAACCAUCCGCUUUCUCAAUAUCGCGCGAGCGAGUCGCUAGCCUAGUGUUAUGACAGAAAGAUGCCGUAUUCACACAAGUAGAAAGAAAAUGCACUGAUAACAGCGGUACUAAUGAUUUACGUUGUGGCAUAGAUAACAUGAAUCUAUGUUAUCUAUGAUUCAUGUUAUCUAUGAUUCAUGUUAUCUAUGGUUGUGGCAAUGCCAGUUUGUUUCUCGAAACCUUUUUCUAGUUAGUUUUGUCUGUAUGCAUAGUAAUUAUAUUCUUUUACAAUAAUCAAUAAUCAUUCGUGUAUAUUUUAAUUAUCUUUAGUUUUAAUCUACAAAAAGGCACUAUAUGUAGAAAAAUACUACCAAGGUCGCUAACUUUAUCAACUUUAAUUACCUUUAUGUUAAAUCGCUUAGUGCAUGGUGUUUACUUACAUGUUAUCGCUAGGUGAUGGUAUCCCAUAAUUCCUAAGGUUACAGGCGACCUUAACGACAUAUCAUGACUGGUAAUCAGUUGUUCAAUCUGUAUCGUCAAAAGUAAACAUAUCAGCGAUGACAAUCUUCUAUUAGAUCUGUUCUGGUUAGAUAGUUCAGACUAUUUAUUGUGUCCGAUGUGUUAAUACAGCUACCUACCAAUGUAGCAUGCGAUUAUGGCUUUCAACAGACGCUGCAGACAAAUUUGUGUUUCAUUGUAACAGCAGUACCGAAAAGCUUCCACAGCGUCCAUAAAAUGGCAUUAACGUCAAACAUUGUGGAAAGCGCCCAGUACCAGUACCCAACAUUUACCAUGAUAGGUUUGCGCCAGUUUAUGGAC